AUGCCUCGUUUUUAUUAUCGCUCCACCGACAUAGGGUCUGAUUCAAAACUCCGCCUUCGAAAAAAACAUUCUUCUGGGCCACCUAUCAUAUCUGCUAUUAUUCUAAAUAUUCCAACUGCUGACAACCUGACAUCACUGUCAUGGACUACGAUAGAAAAGAAACACACGAUACUAUACGGUAGACGGUACUGGAAGGCGAAAUCGUCUCGUCCCACCGAGAUUUCCGAACACAUCUCCCUUAAGCCCUACCCGGGCCUCCAAGCGUUCGUUUCUUCCCUUGAAGACGUCAAGGACGACAUCGAGUGUCUUCGUGCCGCCGAGGCCGCCGUUGCAUCUGUCUAUACUAGGAUUUCCCAACUUUCCUUAGGUUGCGGUUUUGUGCACCUUCCAACAAACCAUUAA